AUGCAUUACCUGAAAGUCUUCGCAAUCGCCACUACUUUUUCUGCCUGCAGCAACGCGGCCAAUUCUUUCCUCGACGGCUCCUUUUCCGGAUUAUUCCCUGGAUUUUCGGACCUGACUGGUGGUAACGGUGGUAACAAUGGUGACGGUGGUAGGGCUGGGGGCGGCACUGCGGGUGGCCGACCGCCUUCCACUAACGCCAUUGACAACGCCCAGCAGUCAUGGCAAAGAGACACUGGAAUUGUGUCCCAGUUCCUGUCUACGGCAACAUCCUUGCCCAGAAAUCAGCUUCAGGCGGCAGCAUCCAAGGCACUGUCAGCGGAGAAUGACGAAUUGACACACAAGGCAGUCCUGGAUCGCAUGUUCCUCAACGGUCCGAGACAGAACAGGCUCGCGUCCAUUCGCCAGGCCAAUAACGCUCUCGAAACUCAAGGCAACUUUCAGCUCGUCGUGGACGGGCUCGACCUUCUCGCUUCUCGCGGCGCACGGAUGUCACCACAGCAGGUGGAAAGAAAGAUCACGUCCAUCACCACUGGUAGAUGCCAGAAUGUUUUGCCAGCAAUUGAUGAUUAUUUUGCAGCGGCGGGUAAUUUGAUUCAGUCAACGGGGACAAACUUGAAAGCUAUUCGACCAAAUAAUUGCUAG